AUGAACGACGUGAUAUUGGCUACUGCAGGAUAUGAUCAUAGCAUUAAGUUUUGGGAUGCAUUUUCAGGAGCUUGCAGAAAAUCAAUCAAUUAUCCUGAGUCCUAAAUCAACAAAUUGGCAAUAACAGCAGACAAGAAGUAUUUAGGUGUAGCAGCACACAAUGUUGUAAAAGUAUAUGAUAUAUUAUCUCAUGAGAAUGAAGUUUCUUUUGAAGGUCACACCGGUAACAUAACUUCUCUUGGUUUUUAAAAAGAGAAUAAAUGGUUUUUCACAAGUAGUGAGGAUAGUACACUUAAGAUAUUCGAUUUCAGAGCAAGUGGAUAUAUGAGAAAUUUAUCAAAUAAUGGAAUCAUGGUAAACAGUGCAGUUUUAAACCCAAAUCAAGUAGAAGUUAUUUUCGGUGAUUAAUCUGGCAGGAUUAAAAUAUGGGAUCUGACAAUGAAUACCACAAGAGAUCUUUUCGAAGACCAGGAAGAAAUUGGCAUUAGAUCUUUAUGCAUAGCGAACAAUUCAAGCAAAUUAGUGGCAGGUAAUUCUGCAGGUAUUUGCUAUAUUUGGAAUUCAAACAAUGGAGAAGAUUUCUAGCCUUAGUAGGAAUUAGAAGCUCACAGAGAUCAAUACAUUCUGAAAUGCCAAAUGAACAAAGAUAGAACUCUUUUGGCUACUUGUUCUUCUGAUAGAAGCUGUAAAAUAUGGAAACUAAACGAAGUUGAAGAUGAAUUUGAAGAGUAUUAAGAAUUAGCUGGGCAUGGUGGUUGGGUCUGGGAUUGCGAUUUCACAUCAGAUUCAGUAUAUUGUAUUACGGCCUCGACAGAUACUUGUGUCAGAAUUUGGAAAAUAGACAAGGCUGAUGUAAGGAAAACUCUAGUAGGACAUCAAAAAGGUAUCACCUGUAUGGCAUUCAGUGACACUCAAGUUAAGUAAUUAGUAGCAUAAUAAACAAACAAUAUGAUACCAAGAUGA